AUGCAAAUUGCUUCAGUCGUUUGGACGGUUGAUGUUGUCGUUUCGUCAGUUGAUUUUGGUGUUUUCGUCGUUAAAGGAAUUUCCCUGCUACACUUGACAGGAGAUGUUUCUGAAAAAAAUGUAAUCAAAAUAAUGAGACUGGGAAGGAAAUGCGAAACUGUCGUUAGACCCAUUUUGAUAAAGUCGGAUUGCGUUUUACUCAGAGACUCAAUAAUGAGAAAUGUAUAUAAAUUCAAGUCGUUAAAAGAAUUUUCACAUGUUGGACUGAACUAUGAUUUAACAAAGGAUCAGAGGCAGGAAUUCAAAUCAUUUGUUGAUAAAGCUAAAGUUAUGGAGCGAGAAGAAAACAAUCAAAAUUUUUUGUUCAAAGUGAGAGGACAAUUGGAAGAUUGUAAAAAUACAGAAAAAACCAGUGUUAAUAUAAAAUAUUUCAAGAAUUUAGAAAUAAAUGAUAACAAUGAUAAAGACUGCAACAUAAUAAAUCGUAAUUUAACACUAGGUUUAUUGAACAUUCGAUCAUUGAUUUCUAAAACUGAUACGAUCUGUGAUUUGAUUCAUGAUGGGCUAGAUAUUUUCGUUUUAGUUGAAACUUGGCACGGAUCUUCGAAUAACAUUUCUGUUAAAUCAUCAAUGCCACUAGGAUAUAGUUAUGUUGAUUAUUUAAGGAUAAAUGAUCUUCACCAUGGGGGUUUAAUUAUUUACUUCAGUAAUGAAUUUAAGUUUAAGAAAAUAGAUCUGCCAAUAUUUUGUUCAUUUGAAGCACUUGCUGUUAAAUUAUUUAUUAGCAACAAAGAUUUUGUUCUAUUAGUCCUCUAUAGGCCAGGAUCAGUUUUAGUUAGUAAUUUAUUUUUUGAAGAAUUUUUAUGUUUACUAGAAAAUAUCACUUUUUUUAGUUUAAAUAUCAUACUUUUGGGUGAUUUCAACAUUCACAUUGAGAAGCAGGAAGAUCGUCAUACUGUAAAUUUAUUGGAAAUAUUAGAAAUGUUUCAAUUAAAAACUUUGAUCGACAACCGACUCACGAACAUGGAGGUAUUAUUGAUCUGA